UCAUGAUGAAUUUCCAAGAAUUCAAUAUUCGGUCGCCAUAUGCGUCCAUGAUAAUAGUAGCAGCUCUUGUUGCAUAUGCUCACUCCGAAAGCUGCGAAUCCAGUCCGGUUCGCUAUUUAAACGUCUUUACUGAUAAGUCUGUCCAGGAAGAACCCCUGUUUACAGAAAGCUGGAGUCCAGUCGUCCGAGGUUUGCCUCUUCGUGUGCAGACGACGCCUUGGAGGUUUUUGUUCUGGAUUCGUCUACAACGAAGGUCAACAACGCUGUAUGGGAUACACCUCGAGUCUAGAACAGCUGACGCAAAUAACAGAAGUGGGAUCAGUCGGGUUUGCAGCCAAGUCGUGCCCGUCGCCUCCAUCGCUGCCCAACGGCGACGCUGUCUACAGUUCACUGCUGGUAGGAAGUGUCGCAACUUACACAUGCGACAAAGACUACCACUUUUGUGGACUCAUUGUGUCAAGUGUCUGCGAGAUGUAUCAAUCGUGGAAUGGACUUAGUGGUUCAUGCAAACGUGUUGCUUUCUACAACUACUCGUUACCAUUCCGUCAGAAUUUUCCUGAAGUAGUUGGUGCUGGGUGGAAGGUGGAAAUCUUAGGCACACCCCUCGGUGAUUCCAGAAUUGUAAUCGAUUUGAGACAUGGAGCUAACAUCCCCUUUAUUCUGAAUAUCCGCUUCCAGGAAGGCAGUGGCAGUAACACAGUGGUCCGGAACUCACGUAUUGACAAUAUCUGGGGUCAAGAACAGCGAACUCAGCCAUAUUUUCCAUUCCGCGUAGGAAGACCAUUUAAUCUGACAAUCCUCCUCAGGGAUUCUGCAUUUGAAAUGUACAUGGAUGGACACUUUUUUGUUUCUCGUGCAAGUAGCUAUAACAUCGCAUUGAUAAACCAAAUCAUCAUCUUGAGAGGUUGCCUUCUUCAUUCAGUGAAAUUCGUAUAUUAAUAUUUCGCUUCAACGUUCACAUUUGGUUAAGAUAAUUACAGCAAAUAAACUGGCCUACUCGGAUUAGCUACUACUACUACGACUUCUGAGCUACUGUGCAACUGCUACAGCUACCGCUACGUCUACAUCUACAUAAAUACAUACCAAUAUAUAUAUAUAUAUAUAUAUAUAUAUAUAUAUAUAUAUAUAUAUAUAUAUAU